AUGAAAAGAAACUAUUUAUUUUUUUUGGGUUUAUUAAUAUUAUUUUUAAUCAAUAUUAAUUAUAUUGAAGCAAGAAAUGAAAGAUUAAACCAAUUACUUGAUAGAUUGGAUUAUCUUUUAGAUCAAAAACAGGCAGAGUUGGCUUUGGAACAACAAAUCAAACAACAAGUAGAAGAAAGAUUUAGUAGUAGUUUGGGUGGUGAAUUUAUUGGUCCAACAACUUGGAGAACAACUAAGAGUCCAACUGAUCGAUAA